CGCGUAACCUUGGACUGGAUCACCCCUCCAGCUGUAUCUGGCAAAUCACCUAUUGCCACCGCUAAUAAACUCUCUUCCUUUAACAGCAGAACCAACUUUGAUUUUAUCAUCUUUUGCAUAUUAGGAGGAAAUGGCAACUUCUUCAGUCCUUGGAUCAAGUUUUCUUCCUAAUAAUUUUCUUUCUUCUCAACCCACCUUUACCAGUCUCUCUAAGUUCAAUGGAGUAAUACUGGCUUCCUUGGACAAUAAUACAAGGGAUCAGUUGAACAGAUACCAAGAAACAAAACAGAAAAGGUCCCUCAACUUCACUGGAAACAAGCCCUCCACUCCAGUUCUGGAUACCAUUAACCAUCCAAUUCACAUGAAGAAUCUUUCCGUUCAGGAACUUGAUAAUUUGGUUGAUGAAUUAAGAGAAGAGAUAGUAUACACAGUGUCAAAAACAGGAGGUCACCUAAGUUCAAGCUUAGGGGUGGCAGAGCUAACAGUGGCACUUCAUCAUGUAUUCAACACUCCUGAAGACAAAAUCAUUUGGGACGUUGGUCAUCAGACCUAUCCACACAAGAUUUUAACUGGCAGGAGAUCGAGAAUGCAUACAAUUCGUCAAACAUUUGGCCUUGCAGGGUUCCCAAAGAGGGAGGAAAGUGAACAUGAUGCCUUUGGAGCUGGCCAUAGUUCUACUAGUAUUUCAGCUGCCUUGGGUAUGGCUGUUGGUAGAGACUUGUUAGGGAAGGACAACCAUGUAAUUGCAGUUAUUGGUGAUGGUGCCAUGACGGCAGGACAAGCAUACGAGGCAAUGAACAAUGCAGGCUAUCUUGAUUCAAAUCUCAUCAUCAUCUUGAACGACAACAGGCAAGUUUCUUUGCCAACUGCUACAGUGGAUGGCCCUGCACCUCCUGUUGGCGCUCUGAGCAGAGCCUUGACAAGGUUACAUUCAAGUAGAAAGUUUCGCCAAUUACGCGAAGCUGCAAAGGGUAUCACGAAACAAAUUGGGGGGCAAACACAGGAAAUUGCAGCUAAAGUGGAUUCCUAUAUGAGAGGAAUGACUGGAGCAUCUGGCGCAUGCUUGUUUGAAGAGCUAGGACUAUAUUAUAUUGGUCCAGUUGAUGGCCAUAAUGUGGAAGACAUUGUUGAUAUACUAAAGAAGGUCAAGGCAAUGCCAGCACCAGGACCUGUUCUUAUUCAUGUUAUCACCGAGAAAGGAAAAGGUUACACUCCAGCUGAAGUAGCAGCUGAUAAGAUGCAUGGUGUUGUGAAAUUUGAUACCAAGACAGGGAAGCAAUUGAAGUCGAAAUCAAAUACUCUAUCGUACACUCAGUACUUUGCAGAGUCUUUGAUAGCUGAAGCAGAGAAAGAUGAUAAAAUUGUAGCCAUCCAUGCUGCUAUGGGAGGAGGAACAGGACUUAAUCUGUUCCAAAAGAGAUUCCCAUACAGAUGUUUCGAUGUUGGUAUAGCAGAACAACAUGCUGUGACCUUUGCUGCUGGUCUGGCAACUGAAGGACUUAAGCCUUUCUGUGCCAUCUACUCUUCUUUCCUGCAAAGGGGUUAUGAUCAGGUAGUUCAUGAUGUAGACCUUCAAAAACUUCCAGUAAGAUUUGCAUUAGACAGGGCUGGCCUUGUGGGUGCAGAUGGUCCAACCCAUUGCGGUGCCUUUGACACAACUUUCAUGGCUAGUUUACCUAAUAUGGUGGUCAUGGCACCUUCGGAUGAGACUGAACUAAUGCACAUGGUGGCCACGGCUGCAGCCAUCGAUGACAGGCCUAGUUGCAUUCGAUACCCCAGAGGAAAUGGCAUUGGUUCCAUUAUUCCACCAAACAACAAAGGAACUCCUCUAGAGGUUGGCAAGGGAAGAGUGCUUAGAGAGGGAAGCAAGGUGGCUAUUUUGGGUUAUGGAACCGUAGUUCAAAGUUGUAUGCAAGCAGCAAAGCUUCUUGAAGAGACGGGCAUCUCAGCAACAGUGGCUGAUGCAAGAUUCUGCAAGCCUCUUGAUGGAGAGUUGAUCAGACAACUAGCUCAAGAGCAUGAGGUCCUCAUCACGGUCGAAGAAGGAUCAAUCGGAGGAUUCAGCUCUCAUGUUUCUCAUUUCUUAAGCCUGAAUGGACUAUUAGAUGGAAAUAUCAAAUGGAGGCCUAUGAUGCUCCCAGACAGAUAUAUUGACCAUGGAUCUCAAACAGACCAAAUUGAAGAGGCGGGACUCAGUCCACAGCAUAUUGCAUCAACUGCUAUGUCACUAGUAGGAGGGUAUACGAACAGCCUUCACUUUUUCCACUCAUAGAUGGGCAGUCCCCCCCCCC